GCGCCGGCGGCGGUGGCGGGAAGCGCGGCUGAGGAGGAAACAAAUAUGGUAACCCACAGAGUGUUGGUGACAGAAGGAAGAAAACUCUAACUGCUCACAGCCACUUCUUGUCAGGAUGCAAUUCCUACAGAUCCUGGCCAGGAAGCCAGGCAGCCUGGAAGUGCUUUUUCAAAUACCAUUUUGCCAAAAGCAAUUCCCAUACUCGUGUCUCUCUACCUCUGCCUGUGUUUACAGCAAAAAGAAAAAAGGAAACAGUUAUGACCAAGUUGACCAAGAAAAAUACAAGAAUCUGGUCCACUCUGUUAUAUCUUAUAAAACCAGUGCCCAAACCCCAGAGACAAUACUUGAGGAAGAUAAUUUGUUAUAUGGGCCACCAGCUAAACACACACCUCCAAUUAAAGCUGGGACAAGAACUCCCAAGAAUUGGAUUCCUUUAAUAAACCCCAGCAAGAGAAUUCUUCCUGCCAGCAGUGACUCAAAGGUGCCCCUGAAAAUCAGGCUGCAAAGAGCAAAGCUGCCCAGCGUUACCCGCAUCCUUCAACAAACCCUCUCUCCUCAGCAGGUCUUCUAUCUGGAGAGAUGGAAGCAGAAAAUGAUAGAGGAGCUUGGAAAAGAGGGAUUUGAAGAGUACACCAAAAAUCUUUUUCUCCAAGGAGAGCUCUUCCAUUCAGCUUUGGAAUCAAUAUUCCUGUCUGGAGAGACAGCAGCCAGGGAGCAGGGUGAGGAUGAUGUGGUGGCUGGUUACCUAUCCAGUGUGGAAGGUGUCUUGGAGGACAUCAGCGAGGUGAAGGCCCUGGAGAGCGGAGUUCACCACGAGAGCCUGCAGUACCUGGGCCUGGUCGACUGCGUGGCCAAGUAUCAGGGCCAGCUGUGUGUGAUCGACUGGAAAACUUCAGAGAAGCCAAAGCCAUUUCUGCAGAAUACUUAUGACAACCCAUUGCAGGUUGCAGCAUAUAUUGGAGCCAUAAAUCAUGAUGCCAACUAUAACUUCCAGGUUCGCUGUGGGCUCGUGGUGGUUGCCUACAAGGACGGAUCCCCGGCACAUCCGCAUUUCAUGGACCCUGACCUGUGCUCUCAGUACUGGGACAAGUGGCUCUUGCGCCUGGAGGAGUACAGGGACAAAAACUGACCCAGGCUGAGCACAAGCAAGUGGCCAGAGGCAAAGGAAGAACUUUUUUUCAUGUUCUUUUUUGUGUAACUUCAGCUAAUUUCUUACUAGCCAGGCUCCCCUCUCACCCCUCCCAAAAAGUAACUUUCAAAUGGGGAAUAUCUAUUUCCUUGUAUUGUAGGUGACCUCAGUGGUCCAGGCAGAAAAAAGCCAAUUUAUUUGGCCUCUCUUUUUUUAUCCCACGCAGUUUCUACAGCCUGGGGUUGAUAGAAAAGUUUCUACUAUCAAGUAAAACUGCUUGAUCAAAUCAUCUUUUUUUCUUUUCCUCAAAAAUCACAAAUGAAAGUUGCAGAACUGAGUCUUUAAAAACGAAGUUGGUGAACUAAAGCAAAAGAACAUCUGUGAUGUAUGAGCUGAGAGAAAUGCAAAUGAUAAAGAAGUGGAUGUAGUAGACUGGAUUUCAGUCAAUUCUUGUUCAUGC